GUUUCUUACAUAAGAUGAACACAAAACCUUUAUACCCGAAGCGUGAGCUUCCGGUAUUCCGACUUGUUUGAUUUAAGUAAGAGGUGUACGAAUUAGCUUUCAACAUUUCCAAUUCGAUCUUAAGUGAAGCUAUUUAAAGCUGCUGUUGAAUAAAGGGAUCAGUGAAUAAAUAAAACUAAAGUGGUAACCCCAAGGAACUCACAUGAGCGGAGCGAGUAAAAGCUGUGCACACGGUCCGUGCUGUCUAAGUGCCACCGGCGGACAUCUCACGGGAAGGAAACAGCAGACAGAUCUACGCAGCGACAACGAUCAGCAGUACCCCAAAGUGCUCAAGGGCGUGCCUCCGACCCGGUGAAUCGAAUCAUCCGCGACUGCCGCCCUCAUUCACGCCAGCACGCACUGAAACUCAACCCAUCGCAACGGUCCGGCCGGAAACCAGCAGCAACAAUUAGGCCCUUAGGAAAUAAAGUCACACAAAGCGAAAACAUAUUUUUUUAAGGGAACAUUUCAACAUUGUGAUUUUCAAAAGAGGAAUAACGGUAUCCUAGUAUUUCAUUUAGAUAUAAAUAUCGCUCUCCCAUAGUAAUUAUCAUUUUUUUUACAUCAAACAUAUACACAUAUAUCGUCAGUAUUAUCAAAUCUAUAUUUAGCCCAGUAAGCGAUCAACAACCUUUUUGGCGAAUUUCCUAAUUAAAUUAAAAUGGCAAAAAUCAAUUUUUAGACAAAUGAUCGUGUACCUUAUGUUACUAGAUACGAACUUACAUUGGUGAUUUAUUGAUAAUACGUUGAUUAACUCGUGCUUGCAUAACAGGCAUCGCGCUAACAUUUAUUCGAAAAGAAAGAACGAAAUUUUAAAUGGUGUAAAAUUUUAUGGUGUUAAUGGUUAAAUAUAUAGCAAUUCAUAAGAAUAAAAUUUAAAACCGCUGUAAGAGACGGCGUCCACGUGUUUGUGGAAUUUUUCAUUGCGGGAUUUCCACUCUUUUGGCGAGUUAUUGUGUUUUUUUUGGUCUGGCAUCAAACGUCCGGACAUUUGUGGGUGCGGCCUGCCGUGGUCAAUUUAGGGCUUCGCAGAAUUCGGUAUCGCCGCGUCGUAGCAUUAGCUUUUGGAGAUGUCUGUAGACAAUAAAGACGCAGCGGGCCCAUCGGAUCCGCAAGGACCGCCCUCGCCAUGCACGUCCCUUCAUUUUGGCGGCGGAACCCGAAGCUGUGGUUCGUCCAUCUGGAAGCAUAGUUCCAGAUGUCCGGAAUAACGGCGGACGCGACCCGGUGGUCGGUCUGGCUGAGGAGUCCAUCCUACUAGCGGCCGACGUAGUAAAAUCGGCCUCUUAUACGCUUCUGAAGACCGAGUUAAUCAAGCGCCUGUCGGUAAGUAAGCCAGGAAAGCUGGGUCACUUGCUGGCAGGUUUGACAUUGGGCGAUCGAACUCCCAGCCAAUUGCUUCGCGAAAUGAGGCAAUUGGUGGGAGCAAGAUCGACGAUGACCUGAUUAAGUCGCUCUGGCUGCGUCAGGUCCCGCAGAGCACCCAAGCGGUCCUUGCGUACGUCUCCGGUUCUUUGAAGGUACUGGCAGCUGCGGCCGAUAAGAUGCACGAGCUGCACGCGAGUUAUGUAUAACCAGACAUCCGGUUCCAUUAAUUCACACGAAAUCAAAAUUCUCUUAGAUCAAGUAAAACUGCACAUACCGGAAAUGCAAUCGUAAGCAUAAUAAGCAGGUGUAAAGUGCAGACGCUAACAUCAGCACUUUACACGAAUAAAUACGUCUGAUUAUACAUAGCAAGGUGUAGUCCGAUUAACUCUCUAAGAUCGUCACUAUAUCCGACGGGACAUCUGUAUUUUAAAAAUUAAUAACGUUUUGUUAAUAAAGUAGAAACUACAUUAUUUCAGUGAAACGCGGAGUUUUAUUUUUUUUUAUCCGUUCGGCUACCCACCAACAAAAACGCCACAAUCGAGUAAAUAAUCCGCGAAGGAAAAAUUAUUCGAACAUUGUGAGUGAAAAAGUGUCGUUUAAAAGCCGCGAAGGUAUAAACGAAAAACACGAAACUAAUAACAACCAAAAAUCACGACGCGAAACUAAUUAAUAAAAAUCGGUUUAAAGGCCGCAAAGGCAUAAAAAUCGUAUUUUAGCCAGAGUGACUAAAUCCGAAAAGGAUAAAAAGCCUUUAUUCGUCUUUAACUCUUUGCUGAGGCUGGCAAGAGUAUCUAGCAUAACAAAUAAUUGUGAAGUUCGAAAUUGAAGAACUGUGGACAGUGAAAAGGACAGUGAACUUUUAGAGACUGAACUUUUAGGGACUGUGAACUUUUAGAAACUGUGAACUGUGAAACUGAAGGCAGAAGAAAAGCAAAAUAUUGCAGAAAGGACCGAGAAUUAAGGUAGGAUCCAUCCAAAUUAUUUUUCCAUAACUGUAAGAAGUAAAAGUGGAGGCUAAAGGUAGAAAACAGAAAAGGGAGAGUUUCUUCAAUUCAAUCAGAAACUUAGAAACAGAGAAAAUGGAGGAAGCUAUUUUGAACUUGCUACAGCAAUUGCAAGAAAAAGACCAGCAACUUCAACAGUUAGCAGCGGCAUUGCAGCAGCUAACACUAAACCAAUCGAGUGCAGAGCAAAGGGAGAAAGUGUUAAAAGAAAUAAGGUUCAUGACAAAGUUUACCGGAACUGGAGACACUUCGAUAAACAGCUUCAUUAACAACUACGAGUACUAUUUAAACAGGAUCGUAAACGACGAAUUAAAGAAAACAGCAGUCAGGACAAUCUUUCACGAGAAGAUCCAGGGAGAGGCGAAAGAUGCGGUAAUAAAUCUACCCGAACCCGACAAUUGGCAGUUCAUCAAACAACAAUUGAAAUUAAGAUAUAGACCAGAUAUAGAUCCUUUGGAAAUUUAUAGGAAAAUUACAAAUUUAAAAGGAACCACACUAAUGUAUCUAAUACUAAUAUUGUCAGUUAUGCAACCAAUAAGGGCAGCCUUGACAAUACAACCUAUACUGACCGAAAACGGAUACACAGUUAUUAACAUGGGUACAACCGAAAUAAUACAGGAUACAAAGACAAUAUUGCAUAUAAUCAACACACGGGAACUCAAACAGACAAUUGACGCAAUAGAAGAGAAUAUUAAUAGACUGGAGAUCAGAAACGAUCCGCUUAUCGCAAAGGAAUUGGAAGAUAUUCAUGCAAAACUAAAAGCAAUAGAACCAAAUGCAAGACAUAAAAGGGGAUUAAUUAAUAUCAUUGGAACAACUAACAAAUGGCUUUUUGGAACAAUGGACGAUGACGAUAGAAAAGAAAUCUCAGAUCACAUUAUCAUUAGAGAAAAAUCAGGAAGAAGCGGUCUAUAAUAUUAACAAGCAAAUAGAAAUAAAUUCUCACAUUAACGAAACUAUUAACAGUCUUAAAAAUAUAAUAGAAGCCGAUAGAAAUCAAAUUACCAAAACGUAUGACGAAGUGACAGCCAAUGAAAGAAAAAUUAUCUUGCAACAAAUAAAGCUAGAUCAGAUCUUUAGACUACAAACACUGGAAGAGAAAGUAGACCAAAUAAUGGAUAGCAUAGCAUUAGCUAGACAAGGCAUUAUUCACCCUAGCCUACUUACAGUAACAGAAAUAAUGACAGUAAAAUUGGACUUUUACAGACUAAAAUACGUAAAGACAGGACUUUUACGAUACAGUAACGAUUCAUUAACUUUAGCAAUUAAAAUCCCGAACAGUUACAAACUUGUAAACGUUAAACUACUUACAGCUAUUCCUAAUAAAAAUUACAUGGAAGUUAAUUUAGAAGAUCAAUUUUUUGUAGAAUUGAACAAUAUUAAAUACCAAUAUAUCAAAGAGAUCCAAGCUGAAAAAGAACUUAUAGUAUUCAAAAAUUGUAUUACUCAAAAUAACUGCGAAUUAAAAGAAAACAAAAUGUCUAGAAUAGAAAAGAUAGAUGAAAGUAGAAUUCUAUGUAAGAAUAUGAAAAAUCAAAAAAUCAUUAACCAUUGUGAUGACAGAAAUAUCUCAAUGAAUGGAAAUUAUUUAAUAACCAUUAACAAUUGUACGAUUCAAAUUAUAAACGAAACUUUCAGUAACAGCAAUAUUAAAUUCAUUGACAGAUUUUUUUACGCAGACCAAGCAAAAUAUAAUGUAACCAAAAAUAUAAAAUUUGGAAACAUUACUUUAAAAAAUAUAGAAAUUCUGGAAAAAAUUGAAAUACUUAAAUUUCACAAAGACGUAAAUUCUAUCAUUCUACCAAUUAUAAUUACGAUGUUGAUAAUAAUUAUUAUUGCUAUACUUGCAUUAUUUUAUGAAAAUAACAAGAAUCGAAAAUUGAUAAUUUUGGAAAAAAAUGAAAAAAACGAUAUUUCAAAUGAUAUUAGAAUUCAGGAGAAUUCUUCUUCUAAGGAGGGGGAAGUUAUGUAUAACCAGACAUCCGGUUCCAUUAAUUCACACGAAAUCAAAAUUCUCUUAGAUCAAGUAAAACUGCACA